AUGAAUGACCCUCGUCCUUACCACAUCCUCGGCUACGGCACCCUUUUGGGCACCCAGUUCUUCCAGUCCUUCGUCGGCGGCAUAGUCGCAUUCCGCGCGCUGCCGCGCCCCCAGUUUGCUACUUUGCAAUCUGCCAUUUUCCCAGUCUACUUCUCCCUCCAGACUGCGCUACCUGUCGCUGUAGCGUUGACCGCAAGCAGCGGUGGCAACGCUCUAGGCAUUUCAGGCCUUAUUUCUCCUGAGCACCGCUACAGCACCGCGCUGCCUCUAGCUGCUGUUGCUAUCGCAGGCCUUGUUAACAAUGUGGUUCUGCGCCCGCUCACUGUCAAUACUAUGCGCGAGCGUAAGCACCAAGAAACUCGCGAUGGGAAGAAGAGCUAUGACCCUGCACCCCAUUCGAAAGAGAUGUUGGCUUUGAACAAGAAGUUUGCUCGCGUGCAUGGCGUUUCGAGUCUUGUCAACAUGGCUGCUUUCCUUGCCACGAUCUACUAUGGUGUCGUAUUGAGCAAGAAACUUUAG